AUACAAGACAUGGCAGCGUCGGGCCCUGCGAGGGUUUCUGUCUGCGAGCCCGAAGGCCUGGUGCCGGCACAUUAUGCAAUCUGGCAGGCGAUUCCAAGUUCGGUGGAGAUUCGUUUAUCGCCGUCCGUUCUGUUGCGCCUGGAAUAAAGAAGCGAACACUUCCUCCUCGCCCUCGCGGUGCAUGGCUUGUCAGAUACCCUACAUUCUUAGCUCGAGAUCUGACACCGCAACAUGGCUUCCGCUACGGAGAGCCCCCGGCCUGAGCCCGCCCCAGCCGUGUCUGUCCCCGUUGAUGAAAAGCCGAGAGAUCUUGCCGUCAGAGAACACAACAUUGACCAAGAGAGCCACCCGCCCUCUCACGCCCCGAUCGAGCAAGAGCAGACUGAUUGGUCCCAGUACACGCUCCGGAGGAGACCAUGGCGACGACGGGUGACCGACUUUGCAAGAAUCGUCAAGGCCAGGUAUCGAGGCAACGGCGUCCCCGAGGACCCCUACAUCGUGCAGUGGCUGGACGAUGAUCCAGAGAAUCCCAUGAACUACAGCGUCUGGUUCAAGUGCAUGAUGACCUUUCUGCUCGCCUUUAUGACUCUGUGCGUGUCGCUGGCCUCGUCAGCAUAUACCGGGGCCGCAGAGCUCAUCAUCCCGGAUUUCCACUGCAGCGCAGAGGUCUUCCUGCUCGGCUUGAGCUUUAUGGUCUUGGGCUUCGCCAUCGGGCCCCUGCUAUGGGCACCGCUCGCGGAGGCCGUCUCGCGACGAGAUAUCCUGCUGAUCGCGCUGGCUUUCUACAUCGUCUGGACCGCAGUCUGCGCCACCGCCCAGAACAUCACGACACUGAUCGUGCUUCGCCUGCUCUGCGGCACGUUUGGGUCUGCGGCCUUUGUCAUCCCCGCAGGCCAGCUCUCCGACAUGUGGGAGGCUAGGCAGCGAGGCAUGGCUCAGGCUGUGUUUUCAGCGGCCCCCUUCCUCGGUCCGACCAUAGGCCCUACCGUCGGCGGCUUCUUGAGCCCGGCUGCGGGAUGGCGCUGGCUGUUUGGCUUUCUGGCGCUAUAUGCGGGGAUUCUGACAUUCCUGGGCCUAGUCUUUGUGCCUGAGACGUAUGCCCCGGUCCUGUUGCGGAGGAGAGCACAUCUGCUGUCCAAGGUGACGGGCAAGACCUACAUGACCAAAAUCGACAUCGAGCAGCCGCUGGUUUUCAGGGACGUGGUCAAGCGGUCGCUCAGCCGCCCAUGGGCACUCCUAUUCCGAGAGCCCAUCGUGCUGCUUCUUUCAAUCUACAUGUCGGUCAUCUACGGGACGCUGUAUCUCUGCUUCGCGGCCUUCCCCAUCAUCUUCCAGCAAGGCUACGGCUGGAAUGCGGGCCAGGAAGGACUCGCCUUUCUCGGCAUCAUGCUGGGCAAUCUCGUCGGCGUCGGUCUCAUCGUCCUCGACAACAAGCGCUACUCACGCAUCCACGUCGCGCACGGCGGCUUCGCGCCUCCCGAGUCACGGCUCCCUCCCGUCAUCCUCGGGGGCGUCGUCACGAUCGUCGGCCUGGCGUGGUUCGCCGCGACGGCGGACCCGAGCGUGCACUUCAUCGUGCCCAUCCUGGCGGGCGUGCCCUUUGGGAUUGGCUUCAUCCUGAUCUUCAUGUGCUGCACGAACUACCUCAUCGACUCGUACGUCAUCUACUCGGCCUCCGUGUUGGCUGGCAACUCGAUCCUGCGCUCCACCUUCGGCGCCGUCUUCCCGCUCUUCACCACGUACAUGUACAACAACCUGGGCGUGCACUGGGCCUCGGCUGUGCCGGGCUUCAUCGCGCUCGCCUGCUUCCCCUUCCCCAUCUUCUUCUACAAGUACGGCGCCACCAUCCGCCGCCGGUGCAAGUACUCGGCCGAGGCCGCGCGCUUCCUCGACAGCCUGAAGAGCGACCUCGAGAGGCAGCGCAGUCGCGCCUCCAAGGCCGACGAGGAGGGUGGUAGUGGUGGCGACGGCGGGCUGAGAGAGGGUGCGGGACACAGCGCGGAGAAGGAAGAGGAAGAAGAGGAACAGGUCAGGCAGGGCAGCAUUGCUGUUACUGCUGCUUGAGACGCUAUGGUUCAGUUCUGGGGGUUUUUGCUGCAUCUCUACGUGUGUGUGGGAUUUAACACGUUCAGGGGGGUAAGAGCAGGCCGGUAGGCGUGCUGUGCAUUCACCUAGGCAGGGCGAUUCUCG